UCAAUUCCGUUAAUUAUAAUUUCAUUUUUUUAUAAUGCCAGGUCGGAUAGUAGUAAAUUCUUGUAUUGAUGGUUGGACUAGCGAACCAACCAACUACCUCAUUUAGUACUCGUCCAUAUAUGCUGCUUCGGUUGUAGCUAGUUGCUGGUCACACUAGUGCAUCCAUCAACCUCAUCCUCACUCCACAGAUAACAGCCAUGGUAACAAGCAAGAAGGUACAGAACAACGAAGCUGCAAUGGCGGACGGCGCUGUUAAGGAAUAUCGCCAUGGUCUGUGCAUGGAUGUCCCGAUGUACAUUGAAGAUUCGGAGUAUUGUGGAGAGGAGCUUGGCACCAGACUAACUUGCAGGCAUGGCCUCACGCCGAAACGGAGGACAGCUUGGGAAGGACCUGACACAGGAAGAAGGUUCUUAGGUUGUCCGCUGGAGGAAGAGGAUCAGUGCGAUAAAUUUUUUUGGGUCGACGAACCAUGGCACCCAAGAGUUCAGAAGACACUUGAGCAGAUGUGGCAUGCAGUGGAACGUGCUACCAAGCUAACCGGUUCGAAACAAUAUGACUGGUGUUGUUUCGUUCGGAAUACAAAGGCCGAGGAAGAAAAAAUGAAGUUAGAGUUAGAUACGGCUGACCAUAUCUCUGAACUAGAAUUGGCGUAUAAAAAAAAUUAAUGAAAAAGAAAAAAGAGCUCGACGAUACUCGUGCGUGGUUAAUGGGAUCGUUUGUAGUAAUUGUCAUUAUGUUAGUGAAAAUUAGUGAUCUCAUGUACAACAAGUGAUUACAUUGGAUGUAAUAUUUUCUUUAAACUUCCAACUUUUCCAUCAAAAUUAUCCUACACACCCUAAUGUUAAUUUUUCGACGGAACUGCAUUCAUACUUAAACCGUGUAAAUGCAUAGUUU